AUGGCAUCAAGGCGGAUUGAUUGGGGGGCCAUAUAUUUCACAGUAUAUCACAAGGUCAAUGACUCGCUAAAGAAGUUAUUCAUACUAAUCUCUGCCAAACGGCCAACAACAGACGUGGGUAUGCUCAAGCCUAUCUGCGGCUACUGGAGGUACCGUUUCUACAGUACUCACGAAUCCAUUAUGGGUUAUCAAAACCAGACUCAUAUCUCAGUCAAGUACAUCUACGAGGAAUACUCCAAGAGACUAUACGUCUGCCAUAGACGGCUUGGAAGUUGGCAUGAAGGCCAGGAACGCCUCCAGAUCCUAGGGGUAUUAACAGCUAGCGUGGCGAGCAAAGCGUGUGCAACUAUGGUCACAUAUCCGCACGAAGUUGUUCGAACAAGAUUACAAACGCAACAGAGAGUAUACCCUUCAUCAACAGCUGAACAAGCAGGAGCAAGGGAUGGCAAAGGCCUAUUGAUGUCUGAAAGUAGCCUACAAAGCGGAAAGGUCUGCAAUGCAGGGAAAACAUGGGAGAGAUUUCCCCGACUGAAUCGGGGCAUUAUGAGCACGCUUGAAACGAUCAUGCGGGAAGAAGGCUGGCGUGCCUUAUACUCUGGUAUGGGCACUAGCUUAAUCGGUGCUAUACCAGCCUCCGCUAUGACAAUGCUGGUGUAUGAAACAGUAGUGUGGCAGAUUAAGAAGUCAAGUGCGCAGGCCAAAGGAAAGCUCGAAAUGCAGGAUGUAGCAGAAACUUGUUGUCUACGGCUCGUAUAA